ACCGAGGACCUCCCGAUUACGAAGGAGUGCGUUCAACCGGCGUUCGUGUGCUAUGUGAGUCUCAACCAUGCUUGCGACAGGGUGUGUUGAUAGUGACACACGUGUGAGACAAUCAGGUAUUUGACUCGACUCUGAACAAAAUAGUUUAGGAGAAAGAGUCUCCAGCUGGACCUGUGGAAUGUUGGCGCUCAGUUCGCAGGACUGAAUGACAGUCGAGCUCUUUGGUCGAAUGAAACCAGUUGAAUCCACUUCUCCCACUUGCGCUGCAGUCACUCGCCCGUCUGACGUCGGGGAGAGAAGGUUGUGGUGGAUGUGAGUCCUAUGUAGCCACGUUGUGUAGCUGAUAGGGUACGUGAAAGGAGUCGUCAGUGAAACCGAACUUCAUUGUAAUUCUAUUGAACUAAUAAACAUUUUGUUCAAAUUCUUAUUCUGCUGUUGCCCUUUUGCUUUCAACUGAAAGAUCGCGUAGAUGUGACAAUUUUGCUUAUUCUGUGAUAACUCGUGUUUAAAAAUAUAGGGCGCAAAAGAUAUUUUCUAAAUAUGCUAAGACUUUAAAGAAAACAUUUGUUGAAAGGACCGUCUACAAGACUGUUAUUACAUACGGCAUUUCACAACGAAAAAAAUUGAAGUGCGAUAGCUUGUUGGUCACCAUGGCAAUAGGAAGCCUGUCUCUGACUCAAGACCACCAAAAUGUGGAAUACCAUUUGGUGACGCUGUUCGAAAAGCUUGACGCAGUUCGUCGUGACGCCACGUGCGUUUCGCCGUCAGCAUCGACGCCAACCCACCCAUCAAUGCAAGUCGAAGUGCGGACCCUCGAGUUUUGGAGGUCUAUCAUUUCGGAAUGCCUAGCCGCGUUCUUCUACGUCUUCAUCGUUUGUGGCGCCGCAUCGGGGGCCGGGGGGACUCCCAGCUCGCUGCUCUCGACGACGACGACACCCACUUCGUCCGUGACACUCGCCACGGCCCUGGCCACGGGGUUCGCUGUCGCAACCCUCACGCAGUGCUUCGGACACAUCUCCGGUGCCCACGUGAACCCUGCCGUCACAGUCGCCAUGGUGGUGACUCGAAACAUCACUCCCCUCCGGGCGAUCAUGUUUGUGACGGCGCAGUGUGGCGGCGGCAUCGCGGGGGCGGCUUUGCUGUAUGGGGUGGCUGUUCCCGGCUACAUGGGUAACCUGAGCGCCACCGUGUCCCAUCUGCCGGCGCACCUCAACUCCUGGGAGAGAUUUGCUGUUGAGUUCAUCCUCACCUUCAUUGUCGUCUUCACAUACUUCGUCUCCAUGGACACCUACCGCAAGUGGCCCUGCACUCUGGUGUCGAUGCCGUCUAUGAAUCCUUCAAGAACAUUAGGCCCAGCAUUUGUGAUGAACAAGUGGGACAGUCAUUGGGUUUAUUGGUUUGGUCCAAUGCUUGGAGGAAUGGUGUCUGGUCUCAUCUAUGAAUUUAUUUUUAAUCCACGAAGACACGUUCGACAGCCCAAGGAAUCCAUUGACGGAGAUUCUUCAAGCAUUCACUCUGACGAGGAUCCUUAUGAUGAGUUGGACAAGCCUGCAGCACCAAAAUUCGAAGGAUCUACUUACAACACGCUGCGUGGUGCAGACAUCUACAGGCCAGCUGGGAAUCAUGGAGGACCCCCAACACCAGCUUCACCCACAGGUCCCAGUAAUGCAUAUUGCCCAAGCCUGACAUCUGCAAGUCUGUACUCAGCACCACCAUGUAAGCUCGAUCGUGUCGAGUCCUUAUAUGGUGGAACCAAGUCUUUGUAUGCAAAAUCUCCUCCACUGACAAGAGCCAACCUCAAUCGAUCACAGUCAGUCUACAGCAAAGUUCCAUCUGGGCCUGUGUGUACUCGUGAUGGCCUUCCUCGACCAGGACCACUAGUACCUGCACAGUCUCUUUACCCAAUGAGAUUUAGCCAAAACCAUAACACAGCCAAUCAGAAUGUUCAGAAUCAGCAGAGCCAGCUGCAGCAGCGGUCAGAGAGUAUAUACGGCAUACGUGGCAUUGCAAAUGUGAACCGUGGAGAAAAUGGUGGUGUUUAUGGUGUUAGCCAUGGAAAUGCUGCUACUGUAGGCAACACAAGUGUGGGGAAAUUUGGUGGUGGAUCAAAUCGCCCUGAAUCAAUGUAUGGAAUGGUGGUGAAUCGUCGCCAGGAUUCUGCAGACUCAUCAUACAGCUCUUACCACAGCAGUGGUAAUGGUGGUGGUGGUGUAAGGCCAGGAAAUGGAAACUUUGUUGGUGGAAAGAAGUGUGGGGGACCACCACCACCACCACAAGGAUUCAGCUCAACUAGGAAUGACUUGCGCCAAUCUCCUCAGACGCCCCAGCAUCAGCUGCUAUCUCCUGCUUCCACCUCAAUCAUAAACACGGCUAAUUCUGUAGCAUCCUACCACCAUAAUCAACAUCUUUCACCUAAUCCACAGUAUUGAUGGUAGUGGGUAUGAAAAGAUAAUACAAAAUGGGACCAUUUUUAAGCUGCAUUAUUAGUAAUAACAUAUACUAAUGCAAUAAACUGGUUGUAUCAGCCACCUAUAAAAGAAAGUGCCAACACUGCUCCAUAGACGAUCCAGAUAUAACUGAUGUACUAAAUAUUUAUAUUGCUUAUUAUUAUGUUCCUGACAUGUUUCAGUCCUAUCAGGGCUGUCAUCGGAGGAAAGUUAUGAUGAUGUAAAGAUCAUAUCAUACAAAACCAUGGACAGGAUUACUUUACUUCAAGGUAGUAUAUGUUAGAUGAAACUAUGACUAUUGACGUGGCCCACAGAUGAGGUCGAACAAGCAAUUAAUUUCCUCAAUCCAGUCCACACAGUUUGUACAUUAGACAAUUAGACCACUAUCACCUAUAGCAGGGGUGGGGAACCUGCAGUCUUCUAGGUCCUUAAGUGCGGCCUUUUGACUGAAUCCAAAUUUUACAGAACAAAUCCUUUUAUUUUUAUUAAUACAUUUUUCAAGAUGCCCUUAAGGU